UUUAGGUUAUUAUAAAAUGAAAAACAAAAAAAGUUAAAUAAAUUUUUAUAAUUUAAUCGGUAAAAUAAUUUCCUAAUUAUCUUUUUGUGCGAUAAUUUUUGAAUUCGAAAAAAAUUAUUACCAAAAAGUAAUUAUAAAAAUGAAUGAACCUUUGAGAAAAUCUUAUUUUGAUAUUGUGAAACGUAAUUUACGAGCAGCGGAUCGGCUUAUUUUUUGUACAAGAUUCAUAUAUUUUGGCGAAUAUCAUGAUACAGCGGAAAAUUUUCAAAAGCAAAUUGUGAAAAUAAUGGACGAAUUGAAUUCGAAAUUCAACGAUAUUCCCAUUUUUGGAUUAAUGCUAAUUUAUCAAAAAUAUUUUAUCCAUCUUGUGACAGCUCCAGAGGAAAUGAUUUUCAGGCAUUUAAAGGCAAUAUUUUUUGACACGGAGGAAAUAAAAUUAGGCAAAGUUCUUCAUUUACCAGUUCAGCAUCACGUUUAUCGACCAUAUUUAACAAAAUGGUAUUCAAUAAUUACGAGGCCUCCAAUACUUUUAGAAAAAUUGGAGAACACUGAACUUUCGGAAAUUGAGAAACACGUUGAAAACAUGAUGAUUAAAAUUUAUAAACUUUGUGAAUUUUUAAUGGACACUAAAUUGAAAUCUGACCAAUCAAUUCCUGAAAUUUUGCAUAAUAUCGAAGAAAAAGUACCCGAAUUUCUUCCCGAAAUUGCCAUCUUGGAAUAUUUAUUAAAUUCAAAUUGUCCCGUUUUUUAUGAUUUACGUGUACGUUUAAAAAUUGUCGUCGAAAUUCCCUACGUUAAUUUUCAUUCAGACAGAGUUUGGCCGACUCCUUGUAACUUCAUGCCAACGUUUUCAUUUUCCGCAACCACGUCAGCCAAAGAAAGGGAAAAUAAAGAAAAGUCAACACCUUAAUAUCCCUUGACAUGUUGACAAUGUAAAAAGAAUUUCACGAGAAAAAUAUUGAAAAGAAGAUAUUGUUUUUUUAUUUUAUUUUUUAGUUAAAUAAAUAUAUUUUUAAAAUUAUUAAAAUAAAAAUAUAUUUAUUAAAAAUAUUUUAUAUUAAAAUAAUAAUGAAUAAAAUAAAAUGACAUGGAAAUAAAAGUUGUCAUUUGAAUAAAAACGAUUAUUUAUUGCAGAAUAUUUACAAUAUAUAAAAAAAAAAACAGUUCUGUAUUCUGGGUACAUGAAAGUUUGACUUCAAACACUCUAAACUAAAUACACAAAUUUUACUCCAAUAUUUAUUUCACAUUUUUUUAACAGAAAAGUUUUUUUUCUUUUUUUUUGGUCUUAAAAAUAUGAUUUACAUUUUUUUUUCUUAUUUUUUUUUGGGACAUUCACAGACAAUUUUUUAUUUAGAAGUUUUGAAAAAAUUUCUUAUUUAUAAAAAAUUAAUUGAUUUUAAUUAAAUUUUUUAUUUAUUUUUUUUUGGAAGUGUCUUUAUUAGCUGGAACGAACGUAAUUUAUUAUUUCUAUAUAUGUGCUUCAUGGAAGCAAUUUAUUCCAUACUUUAAUUUUCAUUAUAUUCGCUGAGUAAUUAAUUUCGAAAACUUUUAUCAAAAGAGAAAAAAAAAAGUUGUAACAUAUUUAUCAAUAAACAAAUGUUGAAAAAAAUUAAAUAACUAAAUAUUUAAUAAAUUUCUUAAUUAAAAAAUUUGUAUUUUUUUUACUGUAGUAACAACAUUUUUUAUCUGAUGAUAAAAAUUCUUUAAAAAAUGAUGAAAAUUUUUUGAAAUUUUUUUUACAAUUUUCUUUAAUGGAAAUAAAAUUGCGUUUCAUUUUAUUUUUCAUCAAAAUUUCAGGGAAUAUAUUUAAAAAAUGUAUUUUGAAAAAACAUGAUUAUAGUUGUGUGUGUGCCAUUUAAAUAUAUUUUCAUAUUUAAUUCAACAUUUAUUCCCAAGAGAAUUGCAAAUAGUACCCAUGAAAAUAGCGAUCUGUCUUAUUACAUGUUAUUACAUUAGAUGUGCAAUGUUAUUUAUAUUUUAUUUACAAUUAAGCUUGCAUUUAUCAAAUUAUUUUUCAUUUUUUUUUUUAAAUACUCUUUUUUUCAAUUUUUUCAAAAAUUUAUACAUUAUUUUAAUUAUUAAAAUAUAAGUAUAAAUUUAAUUGUUAAAAUAAAAUUUUACAUUUUUCAAAGA